AUGUAUUUAUAUUAUUUAAUCAUUUUUUAUUCAUAUUAUUAUACAAUUUCUUCUUGUUUAUUGUUUCAUGAAUUUAUUAAUGUUAUUUUUAUUUCUUUAACGAAAAGAAGAGCAGAAAUGGCAUAUCUUAUAGAACAUUAUCCACAAAAUAUAUUUCAAUUCCAUAAAAUAGAAGAACAAAACGAGAUAGUUGUUGAACCUGAUGUACACUUUCAACAAGAUAGGAAAGAAUACCUUUUUAUUAUUCAUGAUAUCCUUAAAAGUAAUUUAAAACAAAUUGCAGAAAAGGAAGAACCACAUGGACUUUUAAGAACUUUUGCUAUUUGUUUAAUUCCAUUUUAUGAAGUGUAUCAUGGAUGUAGUUGUUGGUGUAAUAUUUUAGCAACAAAAUUAUCUUCAAAAACAUCAGAAGAUGAUAACAGAAUACGUCAGUUGACAUUUCAUGUAUAUAAACCAAAAGAAUUAAUUGAAAAAUAUGGAAAUGAAAUAAAAUCAGGUAAAAUAUGUGGUAUUUAUAUUGAAAAUAAUUUUAAUGGGAAUAGUGGUUAUAUUACAGAUUGUUAUACUAGUUUGUAUCAAAUCAUAGAAUUAAAAUUUUAUGAAUUAAUGUCUUCAUAUAAAAGUUUAUGUUAUAAAUUCAAAACAUUAAUUGAUAUAUUGAAUGAAGCUGAGUGA